AUGCUGCCGCCUCCACCUCCACCGCCUUUCCGAGCCCCGGUGACUGACGCCAGCUCAACUCCACAAGCGCCAGUUCUUCCUGAGGACGGUCCAACUGGAGCCUUAUUGCUUGAGUUGAUCAAGCAUAACGGCGCACCAUUCAAUGAUCACUGGGCUUACUUUGUUCGAUCUAGCUUGAGCCCUUCUGUUGGUAUCGUGUAUGAGGCCGUUGGCGAUGUCCGCAGCGGAUUCCAGCGCCAGAUCCGGAGGAAUCAUGACCUAACUUCUGACCCGCCGUCAUCCCGAAUCCCGCUUCAGUGGAUUGAAGCGAAGUUUAUUAACGAAGAGUUGAUGCUUCAUGACCAAGGAUCGAUACCGACCUGUAUCCUCGAGGAAAGCCUACAUAAAGUAAACGUACCUGACAAGACACUAAAUGACGCGUCUCAGAGUGAAGCUCCCAAGAAGAAAAUUGUACAACGGAAUUGUCAGACAUGGAUCGUUGAGUCAGCGGAUCAACUGGUCGUGAAUGGCAUUCUCUCUCCAGAUGCUGCUGCGUAUCUUAAUGCAACGAAGCAAGUCUAG